AGCGUGUAUUGGCUGGAGCUCUCAUUCUGUACAAUGUUUCCUUUCCUUCCCACUCUCCACUCCCUCCACAAAUACAAUAUAUACAGUACUCCCUGUACAUAUAUAAUACAGACAAAUAAGACUGUUUUCCUUCCCACAUACAUACACAAUGUCAUACCAGUAUUCACAUCUUCUGAAACUUUAAAUGCCGCGUUUGUUUACCAGUUACGA